CCAGUAUUGUUGUCAUUCUGUUUGCCCUAUAUUCCCAUCCAUAGGACAGCCGCAUGUUGCGUCACCACCAGCUGUGUGGAUUCGUGGAAUAAAUAUCGCAAUCCACUGUCACAUGAAAUUUAUUAUACUGGACGUGCAGAAUAUAUAAAGCAGAGCUUGUCUCGUCGACAAACACCGUUUCGAGCGUGGAACCACCAAUGCCUUUGGAUAACUGCGUUUCUAAAUCGUACCGACUCGAUUAAGGAUUUAGACGGACGUGAGUCCUCUUUCUGCUGUGUGUUUUGUCGGUAAAGUCUGGAACUGAAAUGUCGAAUGAGAAACAAAGCGUUCCCGAGGAAAACCUUCAGGGUUCCUGGGUGGAGCUGCAUUUUAACAAUGGAGGCGGCAGCAGUCCUAAAGGAGGAACGGAGGAGCAGGCUGCCAGCACCGCCCCGAGUGGAGACCUGGAGAAGAUGCUUCUGGAAGCACAGCACGAGUCGGGCAGGAGCAGCUCAAGAGGAAGCCUGCCAUGUGAUAGUCCUCCAAGAUCCCAGACUCCUUUACACUUGCGCAGGGGCUCCGAGGUCCACAGCUCUGGAGAAAAAAACAGCUCACAGUCAGAGGAAGACUAUUUGGAGAGGAGAAGAGAGGUGGAGAUCCUGAUGAAGAAAAACGCAGACUGGAUCUGGGACUGGUCGAGCCGACCGGAAAACUUGCCACCCAAGGAGUUUCUGCUGAGGCACCCGAAGCGUUCCAGCACACUCAGCAUGAGGAACACCAGUGUGAUGAAGAAGGGAGGAAUCUUCUCAGCAGAAUUCCUCAAAGUUUUCUUGCCCUCGCUUGUCCUUUCGCACAUCCUUGCUGUGGGUCUCGGGGUGUACAUCGGAAGGCGUAUCACUACAUCUGGCACAUUUUGAGGGAGCAGGAAAAGCCAAGAAACAAGACAAAUCUCAUAUACGCACAUCCACCAUCUCAGCUGCUUUGUCGUGAAUAAGUGCUCGUGUAGAUGCAGAUAGGGCAAGGUCACGUGACACAUUUCCUCUCCCCGGCUGUGAGCCGCUCUGUCUCGCUCCCCCCUAGUGUAUUUCACCGGCCUUUCCCAUAAUUCCUCUCCCAAAUCGACAUGUAAUGCCAAGUCCAUUCCAGGGCCGUCAGCGCAGGGAAGCCUACGCUAGACUUAUGGGCACAUGCUUGAUAGAAUUAGAUGUUCUGCAUCCUCAUAAUUUCGUAUUUACUCGUACCAAGACUACUAAGAAUAUUGAGAGGAUCAUAAAACAAGGGAUGAGAGAGAGAGAGAGAGGAAAGGACGAGUGGAUCAUGAGAUGCUGGAUCUCCAGAGAUGGUACCUGAAACUUAAGACUGUGAAUUGGGAGAUUUAACUUUCUACCCCAUUAAAAAACAGGGAUCGUAUCUAUCGAAUGCUAAAUCUCAACAUUUGAUGAUAUAACAAAGUAUGCGACUUGUUUUACCUUGUCAAAGCUCCAUUUUGCUGUAUCUUGAAGUCGUUUCUGCAUGUAUGAUGUUCCAGACACCAAAAAAACAGACCUUUACUUUGGGAAUCAGGCUGUGCACAGUAUUAUACAGUAUAUACACACACACAACAGCAACUGUCCUUAGUAAAUACAAGCCAAAAGUUAAGAACCAUAUCAACUCUUAUCUGAAUGUCAAUUGAAAUCGCAAUUAAAUGUAUGAUAUACUUCAAGCUUAACUUGAGAUUUUACUAAUGUUGAAUUAUUUUGCCUCAGUACUCACCUGAAUCGCAAUCACUUCACUUGUUUAUCUGAAUGGUCAGGGUUCCAGCCCGAAGAUUGCCUUAAAUAAAACUGUUAAUGAAUCAGGCAGGAGUAUAAGGGAAAUUGUGUAAAUUUGUGCAUGUUUUGUAGUCGUAUUCACUGUACGUGUCAAUUUCAUAGUGGUUUUGUAUCAACACAGGGAAUCAACAGAAAUAAAUGUCUGACAAUUACUUCAACACGA